AUGUUACCAGAUGAGAUAUACAAUGCAAAGCAGUUGAGACAUUUAAUUGGACGCUUCAAGUGGCCUUUUCGAGUAGAAAACCUAACAAACCUUCAAACUCUAAAGUUCAUUGAGGUUUAUGACCGGAUGGAAUUUAAUCCAUCAAGGGAUUUUAUGAAUCUUUGCAAGCUUUACGUAGUAUUGAAUGGAGAAAGCAAGGGGUUCACUCUAGACUCUAUUGGUAGAUUAAGAAGCCUCCAAACAUUAUAUCUAGAUGCGAGUACGGACACUGUUUGGAAUCCUACACUGCAACCACUUUCUCACUGCCAGCACCUCCUUCAAUUGAAGUUAUAUGGAAAAAUAGGAAAUCUACCAACAGAGAUGCACAAAUUCUUACCGAAUCUCAAAUACCUCGACUUGGAGGGAUCGGAAAUGGAGGAAGAUCCUAUGCCGUCAUUAGAGAAACUUCGAAAGCUGACAAUUCUUGACUUGUGGAAAUACGGCGUAUAUAAAUUUGCUUGCACUGCAGGAGGGUUCCCUCAACUCGAAAUUCUAUUUAUUUACGGGGGUGAUGUGAAGGAGUUACAAGUGGAUGAAGGAGGAAUGCCUCUGCUUCGGGGUUUGGUCAUCCCUAACAAUGUUAGCAUCCCAGAGAGAUUAAGGUCCAUCCCUGUCCCCAAAAAUUGGGAUAUCACAGACGAUAAUGACUGGCCCUACUAA